AUGUCUUCUAUCAACGACUUUUCUACUGCCGGUGUGGAUUACAAUGGUGACAACCAAGAAUUUGUGAAGGAAUACGCCUCGACUGAGGCGCUGCAAGACAGCGGAUACGAAUCGGUGGCGCGCGAUGACCAGUCUUGGGCUGGCUCUUUGCCCGCUGCUCAGGGUCUCUACAACCCCGAUCUCGAGAAGGAUGCGUGUGGUGUCGGUUUCCUGUGCCACAUCAAGGGCAAGGCCAACCACAAGAUCGUGUCCGACGCCCGCUGGCUCCUUUGCAACAUGACCCACCGUGGUGCGACGGGUGCCGACGCGCGCGACGGUGACGGUGCUGGUGUCAUGACCGGUAUCCCCGAUGCGUUCCUGCGCCGCGAAGUGCGCAGCGACCAUGACUUUGAGCUCCCCCCUGUCGGCGAAUACGCGUGCGGUAACGUGUUCUUCACCUCCAAGGACGAAAAGGCCCGCGCCGAGCAUAUCAAGCUGUUUGAGCAGAUUGCGCAGAAGCUCCACCUGCGCGUGCUCGGCUGGCGUGAAGUGCCGGUGGACAGCUCGAUUCUCGGCCCUGCCUCGCGCAGCCGCGAGCCCAAGACGCUGCAGCCUUUCGUGGUGCUGGGUGACUACUACGGCUGGAACUCGAAGAAGAGCGAGGGCAGCGGCACGUUCGACGAGAGCUACUUUGGCCGCCAGCUGUACGUACUGCGCAAGCACGCUACGCACCGCAUUGGUCUCCAGAACUGGUUCUACAUCUGCUCGCUGAGCCCCUCGAACAUUGUAUACAAGGGUCAGCUGAGCCCCGUCCAGGUGUACAACUACUACUACGAUCUGAACAACGCCUACUACAGCGCGCACUUUGCGCUCGUCCACUCGCGUUUCUCGACCAACACCUUCCCGUCGUGGGACCGCGCUCAGCCGCUCCGCUGGGCCGCCCACAACGGUGAGAUCAACACCAUCCGCGGAAACAAGAACUGGAUGCGUGCUCGCGAGGGCCACCUCCGCUCCGAGGUGUUUGGCGACGAGCUCGACCUGCUCUACCCGAUUGUCGAGAACGGCGGUUCGGACUCGGCCGCCUUCGACAAUGUGCUCGAGCUGCUUGUGGUGAACAAGGUGCUGACGCUGCCCCAGGCUGUCAUGCUUAUGGUUCCCGAGGCUUGGCAGGGCAGCGAGAAAGACAUGGACCCCGCCAAGGUCGCCUUCUACCAAUGGGCUGCCUGCCUGAUGGAGCCAUGGGACGGUCCCGCGCUCUUCACCUUCUGUGACGGCCGCUACUGUGGUGCGAACCUGGACCGUAACGGUCUGCGCCCCUGUCGCUGGGUGACCACCAACGAGGACAUCAUGAUCUGUGCCUCGGAGGUCGGUACUAUCACGAUUCCCCCUGAGACGAUCACUGCCAAGGGCCGUUUGCGCCCUGGCCGCAUGCUCCUUGUGGACACGGUCGAGGGCCGCAUUGUCGACGACCGUGAGCUGAAGGCCACGACGUCGCACAUUGCCGACUUUGCUGCCUGGAUCGAGCACAACCUCUUCCGCAUGCCCGACAUCACCAAGUCCGUCAUGCGCCUGAAGCCUGACAGUGUGCCGCCGCUGGACGACGAGCGCCUGAGCACCGACCCGAAGCUCCGUGCCUUUGGCUACACGGUUGACCAGAUCAGCCUGCUCAUGCUGCCCAUGGUCUCUGACUCGAAGGAGGCGCUCGGCUCGAUGGGUAACGACGGUCCGCUUGCAUGCAUGUCGCAGAACACACGCCUGAUCUACGACUACUUCCGCGAGCUCUUCGCGCAGGUGACCAACCCCCCGAUCGACCCCAUCCGUGAGGCGGUUGUCAUGUCGCUCGAGCAAUACAUCGGUCCCGAGGGCAACCUGCUCGGUCUCGACGAGCAGCAGUGCAACCGUAUCCAGCUGCCGAGUCCCGUGCUCAGCAUGGAGGACAUGGCCUCGCUGAAGCAGAUGAACGCCGCCUACCCCGGCUGGGAGACUAAGACCAUCGACAUCACGUUUGAGCACAGCGAGGGUGUUGCUGGCUACGAGCGCACGCUCGACCGCGUCUGCGCCGAGGUGUCGCAGGCCAUCAAGGACAACUUCAAGGUCGUGGUGCUUUCGGACCGCAACGUGAGCGAGUCGCGUGUGGCCAUCAGCUCGCUUAUUGCCUGCGGUGGUGUCCAUCACCACCUGAUCCGCAACAAGCAGCGCAGCAGCAUUGCGCUUGUUGUCGAGACGGCCGAGGCCCGCGAGGUGCACCACGUCUGUGUGCUCGUUGGCUACGGUGCCGACGCCAUCUGCCCCUGGCUCGCUCAGGAGGCCGUGAUGAAGAUCGGCCGCGAGGGUCUUUCGAAGAAGGACCUCUCGCCCGAGGAGCUCACCGUCAACUGGCGCCACGCCGUCGACGGUGGUAUCCUCAAGGUCAUGUCCAAGAUGGGUAUUUCCACUCUUGCCUCGUACAAGGGUGCGCAGAUCUUUGAGGCGCUCGGUCUCGACAACACGGUCAUUGACCGCUGCUUUGCCGGUACUGCCUCGCGUGUCCAGGGCUCGACCUUUGCGAUGCUCGCUGCGGACGCCUUUGAGAUGCACGAGCAGGCGUGGCCCAAGCGCCAGACCGUGCACUUCAACGGCCUCCCCGAGAACGGCGAGUACCACUGGCGUGACGGUGGUGAGCCGCACAUCAACGACCCCAACUGUAUUGCCGCUCUCCAGGACGCCACGCGCCAGAAGAACCAGGCUGCGUGGGACACUUACUCGAAGGCGUCGCGCGACAUGGUCGAGAAGACGACGCUCCGUGGUCUGCUCGACUUUGACUUCUCCAAGGCGCGCCCGAUCCCCGUCGACCAGGUGGAGCCUUGGACGGAGAUUGCGCAGCGCUUCUGCACGGGUGCCAUGUCCUACGGUUCGAUCUCGAUGGAGGCGCACUCGGCGCUCGCCAUUGCCAUGAACCGUCUCGGCGGUAAGUCGAACACGGGUGAGGGUGGUGAGGACCCCGAGCGUUCGAUCCCCCUGCCGAACGGCGACUCGCUCCGUUCCAAGAUCAAGCAGAUCGCCUCGGGUCGUUUCGGUGUCACCUCCUACUACCUCUCCGACUCGGACGAGCUGCAAAUCAAGCUCGCGCAGGGUGCCAAGCCCGGUGAGGGUGGUGAGCUGCCCGGCCACAAGGUGUCGGAGUCGAUCGCGCGUACGCGUCACAGUACCGCGGGUGUCGGUCUGAUUAGCCCGCCCCCCCACCACGACAUCUACUCGAUUGAGGACUUGAAGCAGCUCAUUUACGACCUGAAGUGCUCGAACCCCCGGUCGCGCGUCAGUGUCAAGCUCGUGUCCGAGGUCGGUGUGGGUAUCGUCGCCUCGGGUGUCGCCAAGGCGAAGGCCGACCACGUGCUGAUUGCCGGCCACGACGGUGGUACGGGUGCCUCGCGCUGGACGGGUAUCAAGUACGCCGGUCUGCCCUGGGAGCUGGGUCUUGCCGAGACGCACCAGACGCUUGUCCUCAACGACUUGCGUGGCCGUGUGACUGUGCAGACCGACGGUCAGCUGCGCACGGGUCGUGACCUUGCGAUGGCCUGUCUGCUCGGUGCCGAGGAGUGGGGCUUCUCGACCGCGCCGCUUAUUUCGAUGGGCUGUAUCAUGAUGCGCAAGUGCCACUUGAACACCUGCCCCGUCGGUAUCGCGACGCAGGACCCCAAGCUGCGCGAGAAGUUUGCCGGCCAGCCCGAGCACGUAAUCAACUUCUUCUACUACCUCGCCGAGGAGAUGCGUGCGAUCAUGGCCAAGCUUGGUUUGCGUACCGUCAACGAGAUGGUGGGUCGUUCGGACCUGCUCCGCGUGGACGAGUCGCUGCGCACGCCCAAGACCUCGAACCUGAACCUGGGCGCGAUGCUCAAGCCUGCGUUUGAGAUGCGCCCCGGUGCGGCGACCUACAAGGUGCGCCAGCAGGACCACAAGCUGUACAUUCGUCUCGACAACAAAUUCAUUGACGAGGCGGAGCCGGCGCUGCAGGGCGGUCUGCCUGUGCAGAUCGAAUGCCAGGUGGUCAACACGGACCGUGCGCUCGGUACGACCCUCUCCUACCGCGUCUCGAAGCAGUUCGGUGAGGAGGGUCUCCCCCGCGACACGAUCCACAUCAACGCCAAGGGCAGUGCCGGUCAGUCGUGCGGUGCGUUCCUCGCGCCGGGUAUCACGCUCGAGCUCGAGGGUGACGCCAACGACUACGUCGGCAAGGGUCUGUCGGGUGGUCGCCUGAUCGUCUACCCCCCCAAGGUGUCGAGCUUUAAGCCGGAGGAGAACGUCAUUGUGGGUAACACGUGUCUGUACGGUGCCACCCGCGGUAACGCUUACUUCGCCGGUAUUGCUGCCGAGCGCUUUGCGGUGCGUAACUCGGGUGCGCACGCCGUCGUCGAGGGUGUCGGUGACCACGGUUGUGAGUACAUGACCGGUGGUCGCGUCGUCGUCCUUGGUAGCACCGGCCGCAACUUUGCUGCCGGUAUGAGCGGUGGUAUUGCCUACGUUCUCGACAUGAACCGCGACUUUUCGUCGAAGUGCAACAUGGAGAUGGUUGAGCUCGGCAGCGUGCGCGACCCCCACGAGAUUGCGGAGCUGCGCAACCUGCUCGAGGACCACCGCCACUACACGGGCUCGUCGGUGGCCGAACAUGUCAUCCAUGAGUUCCACCACCUCCUGCCCCGCUUCGUGCGUGUCAUGCCGACGGACUACAAGCAGGUCCUCGAGGCCCAGGCGGCCAAGGCUGCCGAGGAGAAGAAGAAGUCGAGCCACGUCGACCUUCUCGGUACCCUCUCGCGCCGCGGCAGCCAGGUCGACAUCACCGCGGAGGACGAGACCGACAAGGAUGCCAAGCCGCACGAGCCGUCGGUCACCGACAUGGAGGAUGCGAUGCUCGACGAGGACCUUGCGCAGGCGCGUGCCGGCAAGCUCGACAAGAUGCGCGGCUUUAUGAAGUACAAGCGUCGUGGCGAGUCGUACCGCAACGCGGGUGCGCGUGUGAAGGACUUCCGCGAGCUCUCCAAGCGUCUCACCGACACCGAGCUCAAGCUGCAGACCGCGCGCUGCAUGGACUGUGGUGUACCCUUCUGCCAGUCGGACAGCGGUUGCCCCAUCUCCAACAUUAUCCCCAAGUGGAACGACCUCGUGUUCAAGGGCCAGUGGCGCGAUGCGCUCAACCGUCUCUUGAUGACGAACAACUUCCCCGAGUUCACUGGUCGUGUGUGCCCUGCGCCCUGCGAGGGCGCCUGUGUGCUGGGCAUCAUCGAGAGCCCGGUCGGCAUCAAGUCGAUCGAGUGCGCGAUCAUCGACCGCGCCUGGGAGGAGGGCUGGAUGGUGCCGCGCAUCCCCGAGGUGCGCACCGGCAAGACGGUGGCCGUCAUCGGCUCGGGUCCUGCCGGUCUCGCGUGCGCCGACCAGCUGAACCGCGCCGGCCACUCGGUGACGGUGUACGAGCGUGCGGACCGCGUCGGUGGUCUGCUCAUGUACGGUAUCCCCAACAUGAAGCUCGACAAGCACGUCGUCGACCGCCGUGUGAACCUCAUGGCCGAUGAGGGCGUGCAGUUCAUCACCUCGACCGAGGUGGGCUGUGACGUCGACGCCGCGGACCUUCACGCGCAGAACGACGCGGUGGUCUUUGCGACGGGCGCCACUUGGCCGCGCGAUCUCAAGAUCCCCGGCCGCGAGGCGGACGGUGUGCACUUUGCUAUGGAGUACCUUACUUCGACCACUGCGUCGCUCCUGUCGCACCAGCUGCAGGAGGGUACCUACCUCAGCGCCAAGGGCAAGCACGUUGUCGUGAUUGGCGGUGGUGACACGGGUAACGACUGUAUCGGUACUGCGGUGCGCCACGGUGCUGCGUCGGUGACCAACUUCGAGCUGCUGCCCCAGCCGCCCGAGGAGCGUGCGCCGAACAACCCCUGGCCGCAGUGGCCUCGUGUCUUCCGCACGGACUAUGGUCACUCGGAGGUGAAGGCCAAGUGGGGCAGCGACCCCCGCGAGUUCUGCAUCUCGACGACCGACUUUGAGCGCGACGAGAGCGGCAAGCUCGUGGCGCUCAACACGGUGCGCGUUGCGUGGGAGCUUGACGCGAGCGGCAAGUGGCAGAUGAACAAGGUGCCGGGCAGCGAGAAGCGCUUCCCUUGCGAUCUCUGCUUCCUGGCCCUGGGUUUCCUUGGCCCCGAGAACGAGGCGAUCAAGUCGCUCGAGCUCAAGCAAGAUGCCCGCAGCAACAUUCUCGCCGACACGGUCAAGGGUAAGCACCCCUACAAGACGUCGGUCGACCGCGUAUACGCUGCCGGCGACUGCCGUCGCGGCCAGUCGCUGAUUGUGUGGGGUAUCCAGGAGGGACGCGCCUGCGCCGCCCAGGUCGACACGGAUCUCAUGUCCAACUCGUACCUGCCGUGGGCCGGUAGCAUUCCUCACCGCAUUUACGUCCCGGAGGCCGUGGAGCAGCCCCCUGCGACGACUGUAAAGACCGAGGCAUAG